UAACCUUGGAACGCAUGAAAUGACUAGGGACCCAAUGUCUCAACUACCGUUGGCUACACUUCUACUUUAAGAAACUCCCCUUUCCUUUUUCCAUUUUGUACGAGGAGGCAAGAUGGCCUCCAAAUUGAGUUCGCUACCAGCGUUGAGAAGACAACAUCUUUUGGUUGAGUUCGCAGGACUUAAGCAGGCUUGUCCUGAAGGCGUUUUUGUAAGCCUUACACCCGGCGAUCCUAGUCUUUGGUCCGGAGUAUUGUUCGUUCGGGAUGGUCCUUAUGCUCCCGCCGUACUGCGAUUCCAGAUCUCAUUUCCCGAUUCGUACCCAAGGCUACCACCAUUAGUCACCUUCUCGACCGACAUGUUCCACCCCCUAAUUACUCCUCUAAGCACGUAUAUGUACUCGACCGACGUCCAAGACAACGGCACAGUGAGCGCCACCGAUGCCGAACGCUUACCACCCGGAGGAUUUAGCUUGAGGCAUGGAUUUCCCGGCUGGUUUAGGCGGUCAAGCCGGGGCCAAAUUGUCGGUAGUGGUAGACCAUCGAGCGGGCCACAAGAUGGUAUACAAACGCCUCACCGACCCCCUCCUCCGUCGAUGAGCAGUGCGGGUACUCCCGGCUCGAAAGGGUCCGCCGUCGGGGCGUCACCCGGAUUCGCAGAAACCAAGAGAAAUGAUAUAUCUACAUACGAGGUCCUGCGGUACAUACGUAGCACCUUUAAUGACGAGGACGUCUUGGACUCUAUCCCCAUUGAGGCCGCUGGAAAUCCCGGUGCCUGGCAUGCUUGGCGGCAACAUCGCAUCGACAAUGGGAAAGUGUUUUCUGGAGCUUCCGGCGAUGCUGAUGCGAUAGACGCCAGCCCCGAAGUGAAGAAGACCCCCGAUCCGGCAAGAAAGCCGGGUGAGUGGAACUGGGAAGGUGUAUGGGAGGAGAGAGUUAAGAAGGCCGUGUCUGCUAGUUUAUCCGAGCCUGUUUUGUUUGGUGGAGUAGGUGCAGCCGAUGAUGUGAUCCGCUUUCUAAGUAUGGAGGACAAUGACGUGGAUGCUGUCAAGGAUAACCUUCUACGAACCCUAGACAACGAAUCUUGAUUGAGCCUUCCCACAUAUAGGAGGUAUACAUAUAUAUCUGGUGGAAAGGGAGGAAAGUGCAUCUUUUUAUGCGCUCACGAAAAGAAGUUUAAGAAGUUUUCUAAUCAUGGAUUUUUGAUACCCAUACUAUAUACAAUUCAAUCUUACUCCUAACCACACUCAACUACUUUUGAUAAUACAGCUUCAAGACACGAGUUAUCUUGUUUUAUCUGCAUUCUUCCGUUCAAUGCUUUUCACUUGAUUUCCACUUCCAUACCCGCCUUAUUCUCGGAAUCGACUUUGAGCAUCGGAUAUGACCGAACAACCUCUACAUCCCGGUAUUAUCUGCGCCAUUGCUUUUAUUC